AUGGAUUGUUUGGCGUCUUGUGGAAAGUGUUUUUUAACGCUCAUCAACACUUUAUUUGGGUUGAUUGGCCUAGCCUGCUUGGUCAUUGGACUGAUUAUAAAGUUCGGAAAGGACGUUCUUAAUGACGUCCUGAAUACUGUGAUGGAUCAAAUCGGCGAUCAAAUUAAACCUAUGCUGACAGCGACUGGAAGUUCCAUCGAUUCCUUCAAGGAUUCGUUUGACCUGACAGUGUUACUAGGAGAUGUAGCUAUCUUUCUGAUUGUGUUCGGCGUCGUCCUGCUGUCCUUGGUCAUUGUUGGGUACUGUGGCACGUGCUGUAUGAGUCGGUGUCUUCUGAUCAUAUACGGUGUUAUCCUGAUAAUCCUGGUACUGGGACAGAUAAUCGGACUUAUUCUGCUGUUCGCAAGUCGGGACACUUUGAGUGAUCAAAUCAAAUCUCCACUGAAGGAUUCCCUUACGGACUAUAAAGGUGAUCAGGCUCUAGACUUUGUCUCUGUGGCCUGGAACGCUGUCAUGUUACAGAUGAGCUGUUGUGGUGUUGACACUUACAAAGACUUUGAUGUGGCUUCUAAGUGGGGGAAAAGCUAUACAGACGGUGCAACAACCAUCAAUGGUCUCGCCACACCUCUCGUGUGCUGUACCGAGACGGCACGACAAAACCUAGGGAACUCUGGUAGUGUCACGGCCAUACUAGAUUGUGCUAAGAGUCCCUUAUCAUCAGAUAAUAAUUAUCAGAACGGUUGCUAUGACGCCGUUUGGGACGAAAUAGACAAAUCGAAACCCACAGUGAUCGGCAUAAUGUCGGCAAUUAUCGCAUUUCAGGCUCUGAUGAUAUUUUUCUCGCUGUGGUUGGCUCGCGCUAUCAGGAAAGAGAGUCAGACCGGACCAAUCGGAUAAUGGAUUGAUUGACAACCAACCAGAUUACGAAGAAAAUGGACCAAUAAGAUGACAAUGAUUAUUAACAAAUGAAAUGGUUAAGAAGAUUAACCAAUCACCAGGAAUAGUGAAAAAGUCAGAUAUUUCUUAUAAUGACAAACAUCAAGUUAAAAAAAAGAUGAACGAGUUAUUUUACUGGAUUUAUUAACAGCUGUUUGGACUGUAGUGAUUAGAAUUAGUAAGGAAAAGAAGAAAUUAACUCCAAAACUUAGAUUAUUGUAGCUGUCAGAUUUGUAUUUACGUACUUUUGGUUUGUCAUUUUAUCUAGAUUUAUAAUAUGAAAAGAAAUGAACAUUCACGUUCAACAUGAAGCGUUGAUAAAUAAUUGCCAUGGCUAAAUCCACAAAAGCCCUACCACAAAUGCCCACGGCUAUAGAUAGCUCGGUUGGACUGCAGUAGUUCAAUAAGUAUGCUUGUUGCUCUCGCCUAUUCAAGUGUGAUGUAGUUAGCUUUUGUAGUCAGUGAACUUAAUUUUUGUUCUUUUGUUGAAAUUAUGAGAUAAGCAGUUAA